CGCCGGAAAGGGAAAGCGGAAAGGGAAAAAAACCACCACCCCAUUGUUACGUCGCGUUCUUCGGAAGUGGAAAGUUUCUUCCCAACGUUCGAAAGGCGCGCCCGCUCCCCUUUGAUCUCCUCCGCCCGCGAGAGGCAGCGGAACAGCGCGGCAGGGAGGGAGAGAGGGAGGCACCCCCCGGCGCGAGGCAGGAGGAGUUUCUCCGGCUGCGGGGUUUUGGGGUGUGUGUUUGAAACAACAACCCCCCCCACACACACACACAAACACCGUUUUUCUUCCAAGCCUUGUAUGGACUGUGGUACUUGCCCGCAGCCAUGGGGAAGAUGCUAUCCAAGAUCUUUGGCAACAAAGAGAUGAGGAUUCUGAUGUUGGGCUUGGAUGCUGCCGGCAAGACGACCAUCCUCUACAAGCUCAAGUUGGGCCAGCCGGUGACGACCAUCCCUACCGUGGGCUUCAACGUAGAGACGGUGACCUACAAGAACGUCAAGUUCAACGUCUGGGACGUAGGGGGUCAGGACAAGAUCCGCCCCCUCUGGAGACACUACUAUACGGGCACCCAAGGGUUGAUUUUCGUGGUGGACUGCGCCGACCGCGACCGGAUUGACGAAGGCCGGCAAGAGCUUCACCGCAUCAUCAACGACCGAGAGAUGCGGGACGCCAUCAUCCUGGUCUUUGCCAACAAGCAGGACCUCCCCGACGCCAUGAAACCGCACGAGAUCCAGGAGAAACUGGGGCUGACGCGCAUUAGGGACAGGAAUUGGUACGUCCAGCCGUCUUGCGCUACGUCGGGCGAAGGACUUUAUGAAGGUUUAAUGUGGCUUACUUCCAACUACAAAUCAUAAUUCUAGGGCAAUAUAUAUAUAUCUAUAUCUAUAAUUUGCGCACACACAGAAAUCUCUAACCAAUGAAUCCUAGAACAUAUAUUCUCUUCUGUCUUCCCCUUCUCCACGACACUUUUAUUUUCUUUUUUCCUUUUUGCUCCUGCAGAAGUGGAGACUUUUAUUGGCAAAGGCUUGGAUUGGGAACAGCCUGUCAACAAGACAAGCUCUUUGCUUACUGCUGCAUCCUGUCAGGUGCCUUUGAUUUAUGCUGAUGGGAGAGCAGAGGCG